AUGAAUGAUGUUGCGUCUACAGCUGUCAUUUAUUCUUUCACUGGACAAUCAAUACAUCAUCUGCUUGCUGCAAUAUUUGCACAUAAUAUUCGUCUUCAAAGAUAUCAAGUACGAUUAAUUCUUUGUAUUAUUCAAUGGAUUGUAGCUUUUCUUUUUCCAUUCUAUUAUAUUUAUUUAAAUCCUCAACUUAAAUACGAUCCAGUUAGUUAUGUAUGGAUUAUCUCAGAAAAUUUGAGUCCUUUAUUAACUGUAUAUAUACUAUUGAUUGGAUUUAUUAUACCAGUCAUAAUUAUCAUAAGUGUUUAUAUAAAAUUAACUUUAUUCAUUGCAAAAUUACGAAGAUCUAUCGCUCUGACAGAAAUAUCAUCAACAUUUUCAAACAAACAUGAAUUACAGAUGUCUAAAUAUAUUAUUUUAUUUUUGACUAUAGCUGCAUUAAGUUUAUUACCAGAAACAGUCUUUCAAAGUAUGAAACCACCACUACAUUAUCGAUAUCGUAUUUAUUAUUUGACCGAAAGCAUAACUACAUUGUGCUGUCUUCUUUGUCUGUUUACUUGUACAGCACUCGUCAGACAACGAUUGAAUCGAUGGAGAAAGAAAAUUAAAUUGACGUUCGAAAAUCGAAUACGACAAUCAACUAAUCUUCAAGGAAAUCGCUACUGA